GCCCGUUCGGGAGAGGGCGGAGCCUAACUCCCAUCAGGACCAGUACGACUGCACCUGCAUCCUUAGCUCAGAGCAUCCCUGGAGCAUCUGGAGAGGCAAGCGCUGCUGGCCACCCGGACUGGACCGUCGCAGCAGGCGGCUGCCACAUAACCUUCCCCAUCCCCCGACUCCACAGCUCCACGGAGGCGGCCUCGGUGCUGACCGACGGCUCCCAGGGUCUGGCCAUUGCGGAAGCUUUUCUAGCAGCAACCUCUGACCACGACAUGGCUGAGAUCACCAAUAUCCGACCUAGCUUUGAUGUGUCACCGGUGGUGGCUGGCCUCAUUGGGGCCUCUGUGCUGGUGGUGUGUGUUUCAGUGACUGUCUUUGUCUGGACGUGCUGCCACCAACAGGCAGAGAAGAAGCACAAGAACCCACCGUACAAGUUCAUUCACAUGCUCAAAGGCAUCAGCAUAUACCCUGAGACUCUCAGCAACAAGAAGAAAAUCAUUAAAGUGCGAAGAGAAAAAGAUGGCGUUGGAAGGGAAGGUGGCCGUGGGAACCUGUUGGUGGAUGCGGCAGAGGCCGGCCUGCUAGGUAGAGCUGAGGGUCCCAGUGGGCCCAGCUCUGCCUCUUGUAUAGACCACUUACCUAUCAAAACAGACUAUGGGGAAGAACUGAGAAGUCCCCUUACAAGCCUGACCCCUGGGGAGAGCAAAACCACAUCUCCGUCAUCUCCAGAGGAGGAUGUCACACUAGGGUCCCUCACCUUCUCGGUGGACUACAACUUCCCGAAAAAAGCCCUGGUGGUCACAAUCCAGGAAGCCCAUGGACUGCCAGUGAUGGAUGACCAGACCCAGGGCUCUGACCCCUACAUCAAAAUGACCAUCCUGCCUGACAAGCGGCACCGGGUGAAGACCAGAGUGCUGCGCAAGACCCUGGACCCCGUGUUCGAUGAGACCUUCACCUUCUACGGCAUCCCCUACAGCCAGCUGCAGGACCUGGUGCUGCACUUCCUCGUCCUCAGCUUUGACCGCUUCUCCCGGGAUGAUGUCAUUGGGGAAGUCAUGGUGCCGUUGGCUGGGGUGGACCCCAGCACGGGCAAGGUACAGCUGACCAGGGACAUCAUCAAGAGGAACAUCCAGAAGUGCAUUAGCAGAGGGGAGCUCCAGGUGUCUCUGUCCUAUCAGCCGGUGGCACAGAGAAUGACAGUGGUGGUCCUCAAAGCCAGACACCUGCCGAAGAUGGAUAUCACCGGUCUCUCAGGUAAUCCGUAUGUCAAGGUGAACGUCUACUACGGCAGAAAGCGCAUUGCCAAGAAGAAAACCCACGUGAAGAAGUGCACUUUGAACCCCGUCUUCAACGAGUCCUUCAUCUACGAUAUCCCCACCGACCUCCUGCCUGAGAUCAGCAUCGAGUUCCUCGUCAUCGACUUCGAUCGCACCACCAAGAACGAGGUGGUGGGCAGGCUGAUCCUGGGGGCACACAGUGUCACGGCCUGUGGUGCUGAACACUGGAGGGAGGUGUGCGAGAGCCCGCGCAAGCCUGUGGCCAAGUGGCACAGUCUGAGCGAGUACUAACCCUGGUCCUCUCGUUGCUAACCACUCCCACCCCACCCCGGGGGGCCAGGUUGGGGAGGGACGUGGCAGAGAUGAGGUGACAGAGAAGUGGACUCCAAAACCUCCUUUUAGUUGUAGAAGAAAAUUUCUUAACAAAACAUACCCCUACAAAGAACCUCCCGCCCACAGGACCUCAGCUGCAGAUCAGCUCUUAGCAAUGAUAUUUUUUUCUCCUUUGCAAAGCAUUAGAAAUUGUUCUUAA